ACGAGCUCAGCGGUUAGUGAUACUGUAGUUAUAGCUGAUCACCCCCGAACAAGGAGUCGACCAUGAGCUGCACCUACAUUCUGGCCGGUAUCCUGGUCGUGGCCAUCACAACAUCGGGAGUCGCGGCGUCAGCGACUUCGUGUGUCAACGUUACCCUCAGCAAUAUAUUGGGCAUCGGAAACUGUAUUGGCGAUUCUACAAACUUCUGCAGCAGUGCCAACGCAAGUUCUACGACCCAAGGUAUCGCGACGAUAACCAGAUGUGCCAUCCAGGGCAUCUCCAGGAAUGGUUCGCCUCAAGGAAUCAUUGGUGCCCUGUUGCCCCUGCUUCUGAUACCGGCCAGUCGUGACAUUCCGAACAUGUCAUCUGGGCUAAGCCUUCCUUUUCUGGGCGGCCUGAACCUUGGCGCUUUGAACCUCGGUGGCCUCAACACGGGCGGGCUGAGCAUGGCUUCCCUCAUCAGGAACGACUCCUGCAAUGGCUCCAUCAACAUCGGCCUGCCUGCCAUGGGUAACAUUGGCAACUGCUCUGGAGACAUGAUGAUGAUGUGCACGGCUGGAUCGUCGACCACGACAAACAUGAUCCAGUCUGAGUUCCAAGCCCUUGCUUGCAUCCUGCGUCAGCUUCCAGUGAGCCAGUUCACCACAGCGUUCAGGGGCAUCGGCUGCCCCCUGUUGCAAGCUGCGAACACGGCCGCACAGGGCAACCUAGGGCUACAAAUGGCUCUGAUGGGCAUUCGGUCUACGCUCCAGAUGGCGCUCGGCCUUCAAUGCCCAACACUUCCAAGCCUGCCCAUCGGCUGAAGACACGCACGAUCAACACACGACAGGACACGCCCGACUUUCACGGGAAAUGUGUCGCCUUUUCCUUUUUAGUAAUAAAAUAAAA